AAUAAUGAAAAUCAAUAGAAAAUGUGACAAUAAAAAGAAGUGAAAUGUCAACAGAAUCUAUGAUAACUGGCACUUAUUUGAAUUUCAAAAUAAACAAAAUACUGCCAGUGAAUUCAAUUGUGUACGAAUUUGUCUUGGAUUUUCCAGACAAAAAUUUUCGUAUAAGUGACAAUAGCAUCAGUCAAAUGAAAAAGUCACAAAACCAAAGCAUGGAUACAGCCAGUAAUUGUGAAGCUUACAUGUCUAGGUUAUUUCGUAAAGAAAAAUCUUCAUUUUCAACAUCAGGAAUUAAGACGACUACAAACAAUAUGAAACCAAAAUCAAGUGUUAAUAAAUAUUCAAAGACGAAGCCUCCUCCUGGCAGAUCUCAGAAUAUAAAUUCUGCUAAAGGUUGCACUGCUUGUAUACCUGAAGGAAAUAUAAAUAUGCACAAGGAAAUAUAUGUAGAGAAUGCAGGUGUUGAAAUACCUAUUAAAUCCAAACCUAGAUCAAGAUCCAAUGCGGCAGGUGACAGAGAGCCCUGGGGAAGAUUAUUGCAAACUACAAAUAAUGAAAAUCCUUCAAAAUUCAGCAGUUUUGAUCCAUUGAGGACGCUUCAUUUUUUAGCAAGGGAACUACAAUUUAAGUUACAAACUGAUCUACCCGAAGACAAUAAUUUACAACAAAUUAUAAUGGAUAUGCAACAUGCGCUUACUAGAGUUCCUCCUGAGAUAGCAUCUGCAAUUAAACUACAACAUUCCUCUGAUGCCAUUCCAAUUAGAAAAUCCUCCAGUUCCAACUCUGUUCUUCAGGCUAAAAGGGCUGAGGAAGAAAUUCGAAAACCAAAAAUGAACAGAAGUUGUCAAACUGUUCAGAAAUAUGAAGAUGCGGAAAUAAUUCAAAAAAUUAUGGAAGGAAGUACUAAGAAACUUGAGUCAAGUUGUAGGCAAAUGGAGAUGCUUUGUGGGAGAUUGAAAAGUGAGAAGGAGGAUUUGGAAGAGCAAUUGAAGACAGAAAGAGAGAAUGUGAAAUUUUUGAAGAAGAGGGUAGGUGAUUUAGAAAUACAGACCGACCAGCUAGUAUCAGUAACCAUUCAAAGGUUAGAAGAAGAGAAGAAUGAGCUGCAGCUUCAAGUUAACAAACUGACGGAUGUAGUUGACUCCCAAUCUGUCCAUACAAGCUAUGAACUUAAGACUGUAACACAAGAAUUGAAGCAAGUACAAUUGAAAGCAGAACAAGAGUGUACUAAAUUGAAACACCAGCUGGCACUGGCUAAUAUGGAAAAAGAAAAAUAUAUAGCAAUUCUCACUGUUAGAGAUAAGCAGAUAAGUGAGAUUCGGUCUGAAAUGUCUCAACUUCAGGAUGUAGUCAACGAACAGUUGAUGGAUAUACAUAAUAAUGCCUUAACUGAGUUGCCCAGUUCUAAUUCACUAGAAACUGAAAACGCCUGGGUGAUGAAAGAAAAAGAGAAUAAUGAAAGUGAAAAUCAAUCGAAUCUUUCAUUAGCUACCAGUGAAAAUCCUAUGUUUACCCAAAAAGAUUUUAAAUCAUUUCAGGAUUUGCCUUCUGGUGAACCAACAACAUUAUCAGAAGGGCAAUUCAAACGGAGUAAUGACAAUAAUCAAAGUACAUUAAAAAAUAAACAGUCUAUUCGAAAUAUGUUUGAAGAACUGAAGAAGCAGGCAUUUGCAGUUACUUCUGUGACCAGUAGCAAAUCGUGAAAUUCCUUUGUGAAAGAGUGACAAAAAAUUUUAAUUGUGAUUGUUGAAAAUGUUUUUAUUUUUUUAGAUGAAUUGAACAAAUUGUAUGUUUAUAUUUGUAUGUGAGUAUCUUUUUUUUACGAAAUUAUCAAGAAAUGGUAGCGUUUAUGCCAUUAUAUUUUAUCUGAAGAAUUUGUUUUCAUAUGCAUUCCUGAAUAUUGGAAAUUUUAUGUAGUUUUUUAUACAAUUAAAAAUAAAAUUUUCAAAAAUAUCGAAAACCAA